UUAAAUGCCUUUAAGCAUAUGUUUAUUAAACAGUUUUUCAGAUUUGCAAGACAAUGCUGGAGACAGAGUAGUGACUGCAGACAGAGAGGCGCGGCUGCAUCAGAGCCAAAAUAACCCAGUUUUAAAUUGAUUAUCGGCUGUUGGAUUAAAAAAAACGGCCGAUGCCGACAUGCGUCAAGAUGUCUAUCCCUAUUCUCUACAGCCUGGACCUGAGAGCUGGAAAUCCUGGUACAACUCUCAAAGCUCUUUAGGGGGGUAGCUGGCGAUUUUUUAAAACAAUGGAUAAUAUAACAAGCUUUACAUACGAGCCAGGUCAUGACAAUACUAAUAGAUUAAUAGCACAGUAAUAAUAUGUUGUAUUUUUAGUGAAUUCAGUCAAAGGCACUACAGAGUCGUGAAAAGUUUCCAGAGUGUAAAUCAACUGUAAAUGAGUUGUUAGAAAUUAGACUGUAUGAAGGACAGUUGUUUCAGCCUUUCACAAUUCCAAAUCAGCACAAACACAGGAGGAUAUAAAAGCACAAAGCUCUGCCAACGAAAAAGAAAAAAUUAUUUGGCUUAUCUUCGGAGACUUUACUAAUAUUGAUUGUAACUGCCAACUCAUUUGGCUUAGAACAAGGUGCAAUAUAUCAGUCAACAAUCAUAUUAUUACUGUGUCAAAAUCACAGUAUUCCAGUGUGAUUUUCAAAUAAUUCCUUUUAAAACAACUAAACUAUCAGAAUUCAGGUAAAUAUAAGAUAAGAUUAUGUAAUUAAGUAUUAGUAAUCUAUAAUCUAAUUAGAGCGUUCGUUUGCACGCAUUAUCAAACUUUUGCCUUAUAUACAACAGGUGGACUCUAACCCUAUUUGCAAGAAAAGUUGACUUACACUCAGUUUGACUUGUGCGAGCACCCGUACCAUCGACUUGUUACCAAGGCAGCCAGGAAGAAGCUGUGAAGGGAGCGGACGGUGAAGAUAUGGGCAUCCGAAAAGGCUGAGUACCAGGCUGCCACCAUGGGCACCGCAUCCUCUUUGGUCAGCCCGGGAGAGGUGAUUGAGGAUGGAUACGGGGGUGAAGGUGGGGAAGCCUGUGAGAUCCCGGUGGAGGUCAAGCCCAAAGCCCGACUCCUGCGCAGCUCCUUUCGCAGAACACCUCGGGUGAUCGGGGCCAGUUUCAAAUCCACAGGUUCGGUGGAUCUGGAGUAUGCUGCAGAGUAUGAAAGACUACGUAAAGAGUAUGAAAUAUUCCGCGUCAGCAAGAAUAAUGAAAUAUCAUCCAUGCAAAAGAAGGAAGCCAAGCUGGACGAGGAGAACAAGAGGCUGAGAGCUGAGCUACAGGCUCUGCAAAAGACCUACCAGAAGAUCCUUAGAGAAAAAGAAAGUGCUCUUGAGGCAAAGUACCAGGCUAUGGAGAGGGCUGCCACUUUUGAACACGACAGGGACAAAGUGAAACGACAGUUCAAGAUCUUCCGUGAGACAAAAGAAAAGGAGAUUCAGGAUCUCCUGCGGGCCAAAAGGGACUUGGAAGCCAAACUGCAACAGCUGCAGGCUCAGGGUAUCCAAGUCUAUGACCCAAAUGAUUCUGACUCAGAUGACAACCAGACCACUGUCACUGCUGCAGGGACACAGUGUGAGUACUGGACUGGUGGUGUCCUGGGAAGUGAGCCCUCUAUGGGUAGCAUGAUGCAGCUGCAACAGACCUUCCGGGGACCAGAGUUUGCACACAGUUUGAUAGAUGUGGAGGGGCCCUUUGCAAAUGUGAGCAGAGAUGACUGGGAUGCGGCAGUUGCCAGUCUGCUUCAGGUCUCCCCUCAUGUGCCCCAGGCCUUAUGGAGUAACACAGUGCGCUGCUACUUAAUUUUUACCCAGGAGACCAAAGCUGAGCUGGAUAUCUUCAUUAAGAAACACUCUCCUGCAUUACGGAAGAUGUGUGAAGGUCUAGGCCAUUUCUACCUGAAUGUCUGCUUCCCAGAGGAAAGUGCUGCCUCAUACGCUGUGGAGCGCAAGCAGGAGAUUGAAAGGAGCUCUGUGUGUGUGCUUCUUCUCAAAUCUACUCUCACUAGCUCUGCGGUGGAGGAUUGUGAAGAGGCUUUUGUGAAGAAUCCAGAUGGACAUCCACUGGUGCUCUACCUCAGGACUGAAGAAGAUCACAAAUUGACUGGACCCACCAGGCAACUGCUGGAAAGGGUCAAUGCUGCAGACAAGGCUGCUAAGGUCAAGGUGGUGGAUCAUAGUGGUUCUGCAGAGGAUGGAGCUGACCUAAUUUAUGCUCAGCUAGAGAAAGUCAUCAAACAGGAGCUGCUGGGUCUUGAAGGAGCAGAUGCUGACUCAAAGGACUCUGGGAUAGAGGAAGGUCGGGAGGAAGACUCUGGGGAUGUGCUGUGGGACCUGCAUGAUGAACAGGAGCAGAUUGAGUUCUAUCAGCAGGCUUGUAGCAGCACCACCUCUCAGUUAGGCUUCCAGAAGUAUAUAGAUCGUUUGAAUGACAUGAUAGCUGCUCCCCCUCCCACCCCUCCUCUGCUUGUGUCUGGUGGUCCAGGCUCAGGAAAGUCUCUUCUGCUCUCCAAAUGGAUCGAGCUGCAGCAGAAGCAGUCCCCCAAUACCUUGUUCCUUUAUCAUUUUGUUGGUCGCCCGCUUUCCACAAGCUCAGAGCCAGUCCUCAUUAUCAAACGCCUCACAGUCAAACUGCUGCAGCACUUUUGGUCCAUUUCUGGCUUGUCCAUGGAGCCUAGUAAAAUCUUGGAGGAGUUUCCCCGCUGGCUUGAAAGGCUUUCAGCUCGUCAUCAAGGAAACAUCAUCAUCAUCAUUGACUCCAUUGACCAAAUACAGCAAGCGGAAAGACAUGUGAAGUGGCUGAUCGACCCUCUGCCCGUCAAUGUUAGAGUGGUGGUGUCUGUCAAUGUUGAGACAUGUCCUCAAGCUUGGAGGUUGUGGCCCACACUCCACUUGGACCCUUUGAGUCCCCGAGAGGUCAGGAGUGUUGUCAAUGCAGAAUGCCAGAGCAUGGACCUCAAACUUACUAAGGACCAGGAGAAGAAAUUGGAAAGGCACUGUCGCUCUGCAUCGACUUGCAAUGCAUUGUAUGUCACACUACUGGCGAGGAUGAUCACCAGCAGUAGAUCAUGUUGGUCACAGGAGAAGAGCAUGGAGCAGUGUCUGCAGUGUCAGGACACCAUGUCACUCUACCGCCUGGCGCUCAAGAUGACGCUGAACUGCCUCAACACAGACAGAGAGCGACACAUAAUGAGAGAGAUACUGUGUCUUGUAUGUGCCAGCCAUAAUGGAGUCAGUGAAUCAGAGGUACUAGACCUUUUCCCAGAGAUAGAGUUACCUGUCCUGUCCUCCAUGCUGCAUCGCCUGAACAGACUCUGCAUUGUAACCCUGCGCUGUGGGCUCAUUAGGUUCCAGCACCUGCAGGCUUGGGAAGCUGUGAGGUUGGAGUUCCUGGGCGGAGGAAGCAGCUCAGCUACUUACAGAGAGAAACUCAUUCAUUACUUCAGCCAGCAACUCAGCCAGGACCGUGUGACGUGGCGUGUUGCAGAUGAGCUUCCGUGGCUGCUCCAGCAGCAGGAGGACAGGACGAAACUGCAGCUCAGCCUCUUGAACCUGUUUGUCUCCCAAAACCUGUACAAAAGGGGUCAUUUCUCUGAGCUGUUGGCUUAUUGGCAGUAUGUGGGCAAAGACAAAAGCUCCAUGGCCAGUGAGUACUUUGACUCCCUGAAACACUAUGAGAAAAGCUGUGAGAGUGAAGACAGCAUGACCAAGCUGGCAAACCUGUAUGAGACAUUGGGGCGUUUCCUCAAAGACCUGGGCCUUCCAAGUCAGGCUGUAGCCCCUUUACAGAGGUCCCUUGAGAUCAGGGAGACAGCCUUAGACCCAGACCAUCCCAGCGUAGCUCGCUCUCUGCACCAGCUGGCCGGGGUUUAUGUUCAGUGGAAGAAGUAUGGCAAUGCUGAGCAGCUGUAUAAGCAGGCCCUGGAGAUAAGCGAGAAUGCCUACGGUGCUGAGCACGCCAGCGUGGCACGAGAGCUGGAGUCACUCGCCAUGCUCUAUCAGAAACAAAACAAGUAUGAACAAGCAGAGAAACUCAGGAAGAGGUCAGUGAAGAUCCGGCAGAAAACUGCUCGCCAGAAAGGUCAUAUGUAUGGCUUCACUUUGUUGAGGCGCAGAGCUCUACAGCUGGAGGAGUUGACCCUGGGGAAAGAUUCUGCUGACUGUGCCAAGACACUUAAUGAACUGGGAGUCCUGUACUACCUCCAAAACAACCUGGAUGCAGCCAAGGUUUUUUUGACCCGCUCUCUGGAGAUGCGUCAGCGUGUGCUCGGUCCCGAUCACCCAGACUGCGCUCAGUCCCUCAACAACCUGGCUGCGCUGCACACUGAGAGGAGGGAGUAUGAGACAGCUGAGGACAUGUAUGAGAGGGCGCUGGACAUCCGCAAGAAGGCCUUGUCCCCAGACCACCCCUCACUGGCAUACACACUCAAACACCUGGCCAUGCUCUACAAACGCAGAGGGAAGCUGGAGAAGGCUGUGCCACUGUAUGAGCUGUCUCUGGAAAUCAGGGAAAAAAGUUUUGGGCCCAAACACCCCAGUGUGGCCACAGCACUGGUCAACCUGGCUGUAAUAUACUGCCAACUGAAGAAGCACAGUGAUGCCUUGCCACUUUAUGAACGAGCACUGAAAGUAUAUGAGGAUAGUUUGGGGCGCUCACAUCCACGAGUUGGAGAGACCCUAAAAAACCUGGCUGUGCUGAGCUAUGAGGAGGGUGACUUCGAGAAGGCAGCAGAGCUUUACAAGCGUGCAAUGGAGAUUAAAGAGGCAGAGCCGUCGCUAGUGUGUGGAAAUGCCCCAUCCCGUCAUUCCUCCAGUGGGGACACAUUCAGUCUGAGGGGACCUGCUCCCCUCCCACAUGCCCCAAGAUGAUUGUGUUCCAUGGUUUCAUACACAAAGGGAACCAUCCUGGUCAUCACACUGUGACUGUCGGAUGUUGGGUGGAUGUUUUAAAGUUUGGUCCAAUAUACUGUACCUGCCAGCAGAAUUCUAAAGUCUGCCAUAUUAGUCUGUGAAAUGUGUAUUUGCCAAAAGUAUUUAUUAAUAUUUCAACAAUUUGUAAGAAACUCUGAACCUCUGUUAAAUCAGUCCUUUUAAGGGCCUGGAACUCAGGUUAACACUAAUUUUAACUGCGACACAAACACUAUUUACAUGCCCCACAGUGUAUGUUGUCAAAAUAGUAGCAUAGAUUCAUUUGCUGGUUUGAAAUCACUCUAUUUUAAAUCUGGUAUUCAUGGUUUCAAAGAAAUAAAGAAAAAAAAUACAGGGCCACUUCUCAAGCUUCUCCUAAAGAGAUACCUGAUGAACUAUGAUGAUGCUACAACCCAUUACCAAAAAUAUUAAGAGAAAGUCAGUUAGUUGGGUGAUUGGACCUCAAGCACUACAUUUCAGACAUUCUGAAUGGAUAAUACUCGAAAGCUUCUGUCUCUAAAAUCAAAGGUACAUUUUUUUUUUGUUUACAUAUAAUGUUUACCUACCUGUAUUAAACAUGUAUUCUAAAAAGGGAAAACAUAGAGAUAAGUGUCCAAAACAAACUCAAUCUCUGGUACUAAUGUCACAGUUUGUUUAUGCAAAACUAAAUGCACAUAUAUUUAUUCAUUUACAAAAAAAGGAUUUUAAGGGAAUUGCCAAAAACAUGAAGGUGCCACAUGACUGUCCAUAUUUAAGUACAGUAAAGUAACUGUUUUUUGUCUGAGUGAAUGUACAUGAAGCCAAAAGGGACACAAUGUACCAAAACCUACAGUCUUACUGCCAAAUGUAACACAUACAGUGUAUCUUGAGUUUAUAUAUAUAUAUAUAUAUUUUCAUGUAUUAAUGUAAUUAGAAUCUGUAAAAGCUGUAAGGACAACAGCAAAAAUCACAUCCAGUAUAAUAAGAAGAUUAUAUUCCAUCAAUAAAUACUUUAUUGAGACAAUU